CAGUCAAGCAAACAGACAUUAAUAUCAAGUCAUGGCGGGUACAAUACCGUCUACCAGUGGACCUUAUGUGCUCUCCAAUCCAACAGACCAGCUCCGCAUCGGCAUCCCCAAGGCUCCAAGUAGGACCCGGUAUAUAACCGUGGCAAAGACGCAUGUACCUUUAUUUAGUUACUCAGACAAGCAUAAACGCAUUUUCUCACGCCUCCCGGUAGAAAAAGAGGACUUUCCACAUCUUCCUCACAGAAUGUCUACGAUUCCAGAAGUGAAAAAGUCUCAACUAAGACCCAAAAUUUUGAGAAAACCUGGAAUUCUGCGCAUGCAUACGUUUUCCGAAUUUAGUACAAGGACUGAACAAACUAAUCUCAGUAAGCUUCAAAUCAGCAACCAAGAGUCAAGUGAAAGUUCUGAAGGGGAAUCGCCAAAACGGACAGGAAAUGGGUCAAGAAAGCAGGAGUAUCUAGUGUCUAAAAUACAAAUUCAAGAGAGAGAAUCUACAAUGCUUUCUUUGGAUGGAAUGUCAUCUAACUUGACAUGUAGAAACAAAGACAUUAUAAGUGUUGAAACCGCCGUGAAACAAGCUAUCAAAAGAUAUAUGUCAACCAUUGAGAGACAGCCUACGAUACAAUUUAGACACAAUAAUGAGAACAUGGUAGUUGUGAACCACUCUAAGAAGGAAAGUGUAGCGGUGAACGAGGUAGAGGUGUCGAAGUCUGAUCAGAAUACACACAAACACGGAUCAAAACAUUCUUCUAAAAAGGAAAGUUCAAAAAACAAUAAUCAAUAUGUUAAGUUCAUGAAACCCAUUCUAUCAAAGAUUAUCACCUCUACGCCAGCUUGUAUGUUUAAACUUUUCGGUCCCAUUCUACUCAGCGCUCCGCAUGGGAUCAAACUCUGGCGCGGUGGAACUGAAGGACGCAGACGACGCAUUCACUAUCGUGAAAUCCACGUCACCGAAAUCUUACUGAAGGUGGCAAAUGAAAUCAAUAGAAUUGCUGGAAUUCCGCCGAGUUUUAUUAUAUGGGACAGGAGAAUGGCAAUGCCAGCGGACUUCAAAAACUUGGACCCAAACUACUUGACUGAGAAACAGUUUUCUCAGUCCCCAUUCCACGAGGCGUUAGAACAUUUCAAACAAUUUGGGCGGGACAACAAAUUGCCGAUACUCCACAUUGAUAUGCACGGAAAGAAAAAUCGGAAAACAAAUAUGGAUCUUGAUGUGGGAUUUAAAGCCAUGGAAACUCACUGGAGAGAUCCAAGUUUUGCGAAGUGGCUCAAAUCUGAAACCGAAAUCGCGUUCACAAACAUGUUCAGCGAUCCCAAAUGUGCCUACGAAAAAAACAACAUGAGGUUUACAGUUAACGUCAACCCUGCACUAUGUGGUGACUGGGGUGGUGACUUGUACACCAUGACUUGUCAGUCUGUUGUCAUGGGAACACCCGCCUUUCAACUAGAAAUGCCACGUGCUAUACGAAAUCAACUUAUAGUUGAUGAUGAACUAGUCACAAAGCUCGCACAGAGUAUACUCGACAUUUAUUCUAUUUGCUUAAAUAACAGCAUCCCUCUUCAUAUCAGGAUACCGAAGAGAGAGCAAGCCUGUAAUAAAGAAUUCAUUGAGAAAACACUCGCUGAUCAUUUGAAAAUUGAAAAGACAUUUCAAGAAAAACAAAUAUGAUAUUACGAUCUUCUAGAAUUUAUUAGCAAAUCAAAUACCAUUUAAACAGUGCACAACUCAGGAAACAUGGAUACCAAAUAAUAAUUUUCAAAUAAAAUCAUUCAAACUUUAAUUCAUAUCUUCCUAUGGAAAGAUUGUUUUGCGUGUAUUAUAUGUG